UGCAAGCCCGUUGUUCGGUUGGGCAAGUUGCGAAAAAAAUAUUUUUAAAACAUCACAUCAGAUUAGCGGCGAGGAAAGCGAUCUAUCGCCAUGUCAGUGAACUCCGAUCUGCAGAGGGAGCGGGUGGCGGCCAGCUUGGACAGCGAGGACUUUGCCCUCUGGUGGGCUGGCGGUGCCGCGGAGCUAGCCGAGCGCCGCGCCCUGGAGCGUCGUUUCUACGAGGAUCCCGAGCUGGAGGAGUCAGUGCAUCCCAGCUGCCUGUCCUACAAGGAGCGCUAUGAACAGACCGUGGCCCGGUCCACCCGCUUUCUGGCCAAGCUGCGUCAGUGGCAGCGCGAGAAGCAGCCGCAGCUGAAUCUUAGCGUCAGUCUUCUUCGCGAUUUUCGGCUGCUCCUCUCCGGUCCCCUGGGCACGGGACUUUUCCAGCAGAGCUUUCCCCUACGGCUGCACUUCUCCAUGUUCAUGACCACCCUGCUCAGUCAAGGCACCGAGGAGCAGCAGGCCCAGUGGUUGAACCGGGCUUGGCAUAUGGACGGCGUCAUUGGGACCUAUGCACAGACAGAGCUGGGUCAUGGCACCUUUGUCCGUGGCCUGGAGACCCGGGCAGAUUACGAUCCGGAGCGGCAGGAGUUUGUCCUGAAUACGCCAACGCAGAGCUCGUACAAGUGGUGGCCCGGUGGGUUGGGUAACACGGCCAAUCUGAUCAUUGUGUUGGCCCAACUCUAUGUGAAGGGUAAGCAUCAUGGGCUACAGUCCUUUCUGGUGCGAAUCCGUGACGAGAGGACCCACGAACCACUACCCGGUAUCGAUGUGGGCGACAUUGGACCUCGGAUGGGCGGCAAUGGUGUUAACAAUGGAUUUCUGGGGCUCCGUGAUGUGAGGAUUCCGCGCAAUCAGAUGCUGAUGAAGAACGCCCAGGUGCUGGAGGAUGGAACCUUCAUCCAGGGACGGCCGCCACUGCUCAUUUACGGCACCAUGGUCUACGUGCGGGUCAUAACCCUGAGGGAUGUUCUCUUUGGCCUGCUCCAGGCGGCCACCAUUGCAACCAGAUAUUCCGUGGUGCGUCGUCAGAGUCCCAUUGAGGAGAAUCAACCGGAGGUUUCCGUGCUGGAUCACAUCACGCAGCAGGCCAAGAUCCUGCCCCAGAUAGCGCGCGGCGUAUCCUAUCGCUUGGUAUCCGACUGGCUGUGGCGGUUCUACGAGGAUGUGCUGAAGCAAUUGGAGGCCAAUAACCCCCGCAACUCCCUACCGGAGCUGCACGCAUUGAGCUGCUGCCUCAAGGCGGUGGGCACAGACGAGGCCACCGAUGGCGUGGAUCGCCUGCGGAAGAGCUGCGGCGGUCAUGGAUACCUCUCCUCGGCCAACUUUGACAGCAUCCAUGGCAUGACGACGGCAACCUACACGUACGAGGGUGAGUACACGGUGCUUCUCCUUCAGACAGCUCGCUUUCUGGUUCGCCAGUAUGUGGACAGUCUGAAGCGAAAGGUCCUGCCGCCCAGCGUCACCUAUUUGAGGGACACGACCCGCCUCGUCUGGGGCAAAAGUCUCACCGCCAACUGUGCCCGUGCUUUGGAAAUCGCUGCCCUGGAGCAGGUGCGGCAGGCGUGGCAGAGUCAGAGCACCCACCAACGGGGGAAGGUUAGUGCUCAGAUGGCCAGCAACCUGGCUGGCAGGCAGCUUACUGCGGCCGCCGUGGCCCAUGCCCAUGCCUUCUUCACACGCAACGCCCUCGGGGAGCUGGAACGCUUGCGAAAGACAGGAAUUUCUGCCGGUGUGUCCACUGUACUGGGACAACUGGUGGAGCUGUUCGUGCUGGACACAUUCCUACGCCAGUCGGGCUCUGUUUUGCGCUGGAACAGUAUCACAGGCACCCAGCUACGAUUGGUGGAGAGUCGCUACGAGGAGCUGUUGUCCAAGCUGCGUCCGAAUGCGGUCGCAUUGGUCGAUGGCUUCGAUUUCCACGAUCGUGUCUUGGGAUCCACGCUGGGCUGCUACGAUGGCCGUGUGUACGAGCGACUUAUGGAGGAGGCGCGAAAGAAUCCGUUGAACCAGGAGCCGGUUAAUGCCUCCUUUCACAGUCACCUGCUGCCCAUGAUGCGGGGCAAGCUGUGAAUCUUAUUGUUUUGUUUAUAAACCCUUUACUAUAUCCUUUUACAAUAUAUACAUAUACAUAAAUCCUUUUCUGUUAUUUGGGUGUUGUACUUGAACUUUUUAGAUUAAUCAAAUUAAGUAGGCCCUGACUUCCUCCCAAGUAGUCUAUGUCACCUAGAAGAUUUUAGCAGUUCUGGCUCUCAGUUGCGAUUCCAUUUUGCAUUAAUUAAAUUCUUCUGUUUUGAGUGGAAUUUUUAUAUCCUAAUCCACCCUUAUCUCCGGGUAUAGCCUGUAAAAUCUGCAAACAAAUCGCAUGUUUACAAUUACAAAUCAACUAAAACAACAGCUUUGCCAUAGAAAUAAAAACAAGAUAAAAUAAUCAAAGUGCAAAACUGGUAUAAAACCAUAUCCUUAAAUGUUGUUAUGAAAAAAU